GUGAAGAAGAAGAUGAUCACCUGGGAUCAGCUCUCAAUGUAUGUCGCAACAGGAAGUUGUUGGCAUUCGAAUCAGACAACAACAACAACAUUAGCAGAACAGCAGAGUUCUCAGUCGAAGUCCAUCCGACAAAUAUUAUCGAUGGAUAACACCGGAUAUUGCAACGAUAGCUUCAAUAGCAUACGAAGUAGCACAAGUGACGAGGACAUGGUGGAGAUAGCAGGGUCGACAUUAGACUUCUCUAACACGGAGGAUGUACCACCCUUGGACCGAGACUAUGGUUCUGGGGAUAACCCAGGUAUGGAGGAGGUUAACGGGGUUCCUAAACUGAUGGACCUGCUUGACGAGCCUGUGCCUGGGGUGGGCACCUAUGAGGACUUUAACACCAUAGACUGGGUGCGGGAGAAGUCCAAAGACCGUGACCGGCACAGAGAGAUUACCAGUAAAAGCAAAGAGUCUACAUGGGCACUGGUGAACAGUGUCUGUGAUGCUUUCUCUGGAUGGCUGCUCAUGCUGCUGAUUGGACUCAUGUCAGGCGCGUUGGCAGGUGGGAUUGACAUAUCAGCCCACUGGAUGACAGACCUGAAGGAAGGGGUUUGUCUGAACGGGUUCUGGUUCAACCAUGAACACUGCUGUUGGACCUCCAACGAGACCACCUUCCAAGAGAGGGACAAGUGUCCACAGUGGAAAAGCUGGGCUGAGCUCAUCAUCGGCACAACAGAGGGUCCCUUUGCGUACAUUAUGAACUACCUAAUGUAUGUGUGCUGGGCUCUGCUAUUCUCCUUCCUGGCCGUGACACUGGUCAGGGCCUUCGCCCCCUAUGCCUGUGGUUCUGGAAUCCCAGAGAUCAAAACCAUAUUGAGUGGUUUCAUCAUCCGAGGGUACCUGGGGAAGUGGACCCUGGUGAUUAAGACCAUCACCCUGGUCCUGGCUGUGUCGUCUGGGCUCAGCCUGGGGAAGGAGGGGCCCCUGGUCCACGUGGCCUGCUGCUGUGGCAACAUCCUCUGCCACCUCUUCACCAAGUACCGCAAGAAUGAGGCCAAGCGCAGAGAGGUUCUGUCUGCCGCUGCAGCAGUUGGUGUGUCUGUGGCUUUUGGGGCCCCCAUAGGAGGAGUGCUCUUCAGUCUGGAGGAGGUGAGCUACUACUUCCCUCUGAAGACCCUUUGGCGGUCGUUCUUCGCAGCCCUGGUGGCAGCCUUCACCCUGCGCUCCAUCAACCCGUUUGGCAACAGCCGCCUGGUGCUGUUCUACGUGGAGUUCCACACCCCCUGGCACCUCCUGGAGCUUGUACCCUUCAUCCUCCUGGGCAUCUUCGGGGGCAUCUGGGGCGCCUUCUUCAUCCGUGCCAACAUCGCGUGGUGCCGGAGGCGUAAGACCACGUGGCUGGGCCACUACCCGGUCCUGGAGGUGCUGGUUGUCACCGCGGUGACGGCGGUGGUGGCUUUCCCUAACAGCUAUACCCGCACUAGCACCAGUGAGCUCAUCUCUGAGCUCUUCAACGACUGUGGCCUGCUGGACUCCUCCAAGCUAUGUAACUAUGACAACGCCAAUGUCACCAAGAGCAGCAACGAGCUGCCGGACCGCCCAGCUGGAAAUGACGUUUACACGGCCAUGUGGCAGCUGUCCCUGGCCCUGGUCUUUAAGAUGCUCAUCACCGUGGUUACCUUCGGCAUGAAGGUUCCCUCUGGUCUGUUCAUACCCAGCAUGGCGGUAGGGGCGAUCGCAGGCAGGCUGCUGGGAAUAGGCAUGGAGCAGCUGGCCUACUUCCACCAUGACUGGGCGAUCUUCAGGGGCUGGUGUUCUCCUGGUGCUGACUGCAUCACCCCAGGCCUCUACGCCAUGGUGGGGGCUGCUGCCUGCUUAGGUGGGGUGACCCGUAUGACUGUGUCCCUGGUGGUCAUCAUGUUCGAGCUGACCGGAGGGCUGGAGUACAUCGUGCCCCUGAUGGCUGCGGCCAUGACCAGUAAGUGGGUGGCGGACGCCAUCGGGCGCGAGGGGAUCUACGAGGCUCACAUCCGCCUCAAUGGUUACCCCUUCCUGGAGGCCAAGGAGGAGUUCAGUCAUAAGACCCUGGCCAUGGACGUGAUGCGGCCGCGUCGCAGUGACCCGCCGCUCUCUGUACUGACCCAGGACGGCAUGACGGUAGAGGACGUGGAGACCAUGAUCACUGACACCACCUACAGCGGCUUCCCCGUGGUGGUCUCCCAUGAGUCCCAACGCCUAGUGGGAUUCGUGCUGCGAAGGGACCUCACCAUCUCCAUAGAUAAUGCCAGACAGCGUCAGGAUGGGAUAGUGAGCACAUCGAGGGUCUUCUUUACAGAGUACACGCCCCCUCAGCCCCCCAACAGCCCCCCUCCUCUGAAGCUCAGAGGCAUCAUGGACCUUAGUCCCUUCACCGUCACAGACCACACCGCCAUGGACAUUGUGGUGGACAUCUUCAGGAAGCUGGGCCUGCGCCAGUGCCUCAUCACACACAAUGGCCGCUUGCUGGGUAUUAUCACAAAGAAGGACAUUCUGAAGCACGUGGCUCAGAUAGCCAACCGGGACCCAGACUCGAUCCUCUUCAACUGAUGGUAUAGUACCAGCUGCAGCACCGUGGGCCAGACAUCACUGUGGAACCACUGCUUUCGCCCAGGCCUCUUUACACUGCACUAUGUUCAUGUCUAGUGGACUCCUCCCUGCUAUGACAACUGGCCACUCCAUUAGAACUCUAGUGGACUCCCCUGCUAUGACAACUGGCCACUCCAUUAGAACUCUAGUGGACUCCUCCCUGCUAUGACAACUGGCCACUCCAUUAGAACUCUAGUGGACUCCCCUGCUAUGACAACUGGCCACUCCAUUAGAACUCUAGUGGACUCCUCCCUGCUAUGACAACUGGCCACUCCAUUAGAACUCUAGUGGACUCCCCUGCUAUGACAACUGGCCACUCCAUUAGAACUCUAGUGGACUCCUCCCUGCUAUGACAACUGCCCACUCCAUUAGAACUCUAGUGGACUCCCCUGCUAUGACAACUGGCCACUCCAUUAGAACUCUAGUGGACUCCUCCCUGCUAUGACAACUGGCCACUCCAUUAGAACUCUAGUGGACUCCUCCCUGCUAUUACAACUGGCCACUCCAUUAGAACUCUAGUGGACUCCUCCCUGCUAUGACAACUGGCCACUCCAUUAGAACUCUAGUGGACUCCUCCCUGCUAUGACAACUGGCCACUCCAUUAGAACUCUAGUGGACUCCUCCCUGCUAUGACAACUGGCCACUCCAUUACAACUGGAGAGGUAGAGGAUUCGUUGUUCUUCAACACCAAGCUGGCUUUCCAGGAUUGGCCCAAAAGAUGAGUUGGAUUUAGAAAAGAUGUAUGACUUCUUAAAUGAGCGUCAGUAACUGGGAGAAUAUUUUUUCUUGGCUCUGUUGGCAGGAGUGGUCUUCCUUUUCAGUUGACAGAUGAGAGCAGGCAUGCUGGGUAGGGCAUGUGUCUCUGGAGAGACCAAGGAUUGUAAAUGAGCAGAGACCAAGUCUGGAGUCUGAGAUAUAAACCACACCACUGCCAAGACAUACUCUACCCUCCCUCCUCUACAUAGACAUCUUAACCCAUACAAUCACUAAGCUAGGAGUGAAAAUUAUCAGCUUCUACCUAUAAAAAGUAUCAUGAAGAUAUGCACCGUUUAAAUUGUGAUGUCUGCCUGAAAUAUUUGUCAUUAAUGAGCACUUGCAUAUGGCUGUCAAGACUAAAUGUAUUUUCUCUGGUGUUUCUUUCCUUGGAAAUGUCAUAUUCCUCAUUGUUUUUUCAUGUAAUUGGUUGUGGUUUAACACAGACCUGGAGAUGAUGUCCUCUUCGUACAGGGACACUGUAAGGCAGCAUGGAUUUCUUAUUCACCAGGAUAAAAUAAGCUCCGUAAAUAACCCUCCUCUGAAACCUGCAUGCUCUGGUUUUCUUUGACCACAGGGAGGCGCUACUGUGCACCACCCAGCUGUGGUUAGUCACAUUACUAUCCUUUUUUACCAGGUCAUCAGUAACAAACACUCAAAAGAUGAAUUGUAUUACUCAUUUAGAAUAUGCAUCUCUAUAUAUUUCUGGUUUAUAUGACCUUUUCUGUGAAUAUUACAUAUUGUAUAGAUUUAUGGAUCACUUUAUCCAGCACACUCUAGAAUCCUCAGUGAUGAACAGCCUAACAGGCAGUCUGAGUAUGAGGUCAAAGAGAAGAGUAGUGUUAGAUGAGGUGAUGGGAUGAUUAAGGGAGAGGACUCCAGUGUGUCACAUCUCUUUUCAUCCUCCAGCUAUUAUCUCUCCUCUCGCAAUGUCUAUGGAUCUGCAUGGCCAGGGCAGGGGAUCUAGAGACAGGACUGGCCUGUCAACAGUCUAGUAAAGAACUCUGGAUCUCUUCUCCCUUUUACCUCAUGCUCUUGCUGUCUCACGAGACCCUCAUGCUCUUACCCUCCCUACAACAUCAAAGUCCACACUAAGAAUGAGCAAUUGAAAUGUAGCAUAUACUGUCUCUUAUACAUGAACAAAGCCAAGGAACCUAAAAUCUCACUUUUAUCUAGAGCAGAUACCCUUGGAGGUUGAUGGUGGACAUUCUUAAACUAGAUUCAUGUAUUCCUGUCAAUCAUGUCUUAUCCUUUAAGGACAAGUGUGACUUCAACCAAGUUCAACCAUUUUGUUUGUGUUGUAUACCGUACCAUAGUUAAUUACAUCAGUAAAAGGUUUGACUUUGGGGUCUCAAAGGUAAACACAUUAUCACUUAAAAAGCACUUUGUUUCAAAAUAACAUGCUUAUCAGUUGUUUUUGGAGAUGCAGCUACAGUAAACCUAUUUAACAUCAUCAAACCAUGUCUAUUUUUAUUUCUGCAAACUGCAAUGGGUUUGUAUCACUACCGUCUUACGUAAACAUGCAACUGAGAUUCAAAAACAUUGAAAUAUUAAUUUAUUCCCUGUCAUUUCAUAUUUGCCUUGAAUUAAAACAAUGUUGACUUUCACAUGAGUAAA